AUGGCUGUUAGCGCGGUAGUUAUUCUUACGGUAUUGUGGAUAGUUCCAUUAGCCCUAGCGGGGAGUUCGUUUCAUCCUAAAGCUCCUCGGGUAUGCAUUGAAGACGGGUGCAUGCGCGGAUCGUGGAUGCGAAGCUUCCUUGGCAAUCGUUUCCAAGCAUUCAUAGGGGUGCCCUUUGCAAAGCCACCCGUCGGAUCACUGCGCUUCGCAAAUCCGGUUCCGAAUGAGCGCUGGUCGGAAUCAGAACUGGAUGCUUCUGGUAAAAUUGAGAAAAAACCAUGUGUGCAACAAGAUAUUCUACUAUCGACGAGAGCCGUGGAAGGCAGUGAAGAUUGCCUGUAUCUGAACGUGUACAGCCCGUUCAUGAUUUCCGAACGCGAGAACAAAAACGGCUCAUCACUUAUGCCAACGCUGAUAUUUAUUCACGGCGGAGCUUUCAUGAUGGGAUGGAACUCCCCUUUGGUAUUAGGCGCAGAGAAAGUAAUGGACCACUCGGUCAUACUGGUAGCUAUAUCCUACCGACUGGGAGCUUUCGGAUUUUUGUCGACCGAAGAUGAAGCGGCCAGUGGAAAUUUUGGUUUGAAAGACCAGCGGCUAGCUAUGCAGUGGGUUCAGAAGAAUAUUCACGCAUUUGGAGGCGAUCCUCAACAAGUAACGAUCAUUGGACAGAGUGCCGGAGGAGCGUCGGUUCAUUAUCAUCUAAUGCAUCUUCAAAACGAAGGACUCUUCCAACGAGCGAUCAGUCUCAGUGGCAACGCAUUGGCGUCAUGGAAUGAACCAAAAGCAAACCCAGAACAGACGGCUCGCAAACAAGCCGCACUCGUGGGCAUAGAGAAUACAGAUGUGCUGACUACUUCCGAAUUGAUACAGGCUCUUCGGUCAGUUGAUGCUGAUCGAAUCGCUAACAGCUACAGGGAAUUCACGAUCGGAUCUCGUUAUCCUUCAUUGCUGUACGGACCAGUUAUUGAACCAUCCACAGCCGAGGGUGCAUUUCUUACAGGACAUCCAAAGGAUUUGUGGUCUCAAGAAAAAUACUUAUCAGUACCAUGGUUAACUGGAUUCGUACCGAACGAUGGUUUUGUGUUUAGUUUUCUAUCGUUUGAAGAAACAGAAUGCACCCAGGAUCUGCUGCAGGACCAAAAACGAAGCAUUGUUAAUUUACUAACAAAUAGCAACCGCACCGAUUUUCCUCCAGAUUUGACGAACCGCUUUUUCCCAAAUCAAACCACAAUGAACGAGUGUUUCACGAAGACAACCAUUGACAUCCUCACCCAGGUGUACAAUGAGGGAUUGUUUCUCUAUCCACUUAUGUUUACUGCCCGCCAACAUAUGCAUCAUUCACGGCAGCAGAAAGCACCCAUGUUCUUGUACAAGUUCAACUAUAAAGGCGAGCAAUCAUACUCCUCUGUAUUCAUUCCGCAUGGUACAUCAUCUCAUGAGUUUGGCAUCGUACAUUGCGAUGAUCUUAUCUAUAUCUUUCGCGCUCCGAUUCUAUUGCCGGACACGCGACGAAACUCACCUGACGCGAGAGCUUCGAAACAAUUUAUCGAACUGCUAGCCAAUUUCGCACGUACAGGGUAAUGUAAACCAACUAAGCAUUCUGCCCUUACGAGUAGCUCCCAGUUUCCAUUUGCCAUCGAGCUGAUCAAUUCCAAUCGCAAGGAUGAGCCUGUUGAGCAAAAGUUUAUUAAUCUCGACGAUAACGAGCUGUACAGCUUUUGGGAGCGUUUCUACGCCGGCUAG